AUUCUCUUCCUUCUCAGGGUGAAUGGAAUGAUGCAGGAUGCCACACUAACUACAGGUUACACCAUAAAAAUAACAUGGACUUGAUUAAGUAUUUCUUUUCAUUAAAGGACUUUAAUAGUGUUUUUUCUCCGUGAUUUCUGCAGUACCAAAAGCAUGAGUGAGAGGGAGGCUUUGAAAUGAUAAAGAAGGAAAUUCUGAAUCUCUCACUUCGCCACGAGCAGCACAUUAGCGCCUACGGAGAAAGAAAUGAGAGAAGGUUGACAGGAAAGCAUGAAACAGCCAACGUCGACAUAUUUUCUAGGGGACUUGCCAACCGUGGUUGCUCAAUCUUUGUGGGUGGAGACCUUGAGAAGCAAGGAAAAGGUUACUUGGAAGACUCCCUGCCUCAAACAUGGACCCAUGACCUCGUUACUUGCUGAAACAACAAUUUUAUGGGAGCCCACCCAUGAGGCUGAAGCUCUGCUCAAAAGCUAGCAUUGACGGUCUGCUGUUUAAAAAAGGCCAAAUGCAUUAAUCAAAUCGGUGAGGAUCUACAAGCUGAGAGAUUGUGAUCCCCUUUUCCUCUGGAUUUAGGACAUUGAGAGAAGAUCCUCAUGUAAAUACUUCCUAGAGAAAGAAAAUUAGGUGUCCAAGCUCACACCUAGUCUCUUUUACAUUGGUUUCAUCCUACAUUCGCAAGUAGUCUCAAUGUUUCGGGAUUUGAGUUCACCAUUACCCUUUAGCAUCAUGGACAUCUUACCGUGUUCAAA